UGUCCUGAGCCUUUACCUUUAAUCUGAAACUGGGAGGUUCUCACAGUGAGUGGAAAACACAGAGAGCACGUGAGCAAUAAUAACAAACAGCCGAAAUAUUCAUGUUGGUAACCACACUGACAGACGGUGCUGUGUAGAGCUUGUCUGUCAGCACUGUACUUGCAUUUGUGUUCACGCAACUGCAAUGUGGACAUAAACAAUGACAUUUGGUUGCUGUUAAUCAGGUGAACAAUAACACAAAAUCUUCGCACUACCGAAAUACCAGGCCGACAAGUGAAAUGAUGUGAAUGACAAAUUGAAAAGUGUCAGUCCGUAUUUUGGUUGUUAUUGUACUUAUUAGAGCUUACAGACUGUGGGCAGGAUGCUUCGACAGUCUUUUUAAAACGGGACCACGCGGAAGAAAAACAAAACUCAAACAGAUGAAGUUCAAAACAAGAGGUCCAGGAUCUGUUUUCGUAGACAUGGACGUAAAUUAGUGUUAAAUCUCCGCAUGGUUAAUUAGACAGCCUUGAAUAUUUUCAAGCUUCGCAGAGACAGAACAACUCAUCAGUUAUGACAAAGAGUCCCAAAAACAUAAAAAAGUGAGCGAGAGGAAGAUAGCUAGUACCGACCCUACCCAGGAUGGACAAAAAAUAUGUCUGCAUAAUAAGUUUACCUGUCAUUUGCAGAAAAUGUUUGCAGGAGAUAAUGCCGCCUUUUAAAACAUCCUGGAAGCUGUAACUACUGGUCCAGUGUAGAGGGAUAAUCUUUGAAAAAGUAUACAAAAAAAUCAAGACACUUUCCUUUUGUUGCCAUGCAGCAUCCCAGAGGAAUGACGCUAAUUAUUCUAUUGUUAGACUAUACGGUCUCACUUCGAUUUUCUUCAGCAAGUUUUCUAAAGAUCAAAUCACGCUGUGUUGAGCAGUCCUGUAAUCCACCAGUUGGUAAUCUAGCAACAGGAAGAACAGUGACCACGUUAACUACAUGUGGACAGAAUGGCACAGAACUGUAUUGUGCCUUUACAGACCAGGAUGCUAAUAACCAGCCAAAUAUUGCUUGUGACAGUCACAGGUGCUCUAAGUGUAACAUCAGCCAAGCAGAAUAUGCACACCUGCCAUCAAGCAUGAUUGAUGAUUUCUUUGUAAACCCUGGUUCCUGGUGGCAGUCUGCUCAAGGGGUUCACCAAGAAGAGAUUAGAAUAGACCUAGAAACAGAAUUUUACCUGACUCAUGUCAUUAUGGUGUUCAAAUCACCUCGCCCAGCAGCUAUGCUGAUAGAAAGGUCACAGGAUUAUGGGAAGACAUGGAAACCUUAUAAAUAUUUUGCUGCAAACUGCACUGAAACUUUUGGAGUCCCAGAUGACAUAAUCAAGGAAGACUCUUUAUGCACAUCAAGAUACUCAUCUGUAAUGCCUUGCACCAGGGGGGAGGUGAUAUUCCGUGCUUUGACUUCAACAAACAAAAUUGAAGAUCCAUAUACCCCUAGGGCCCAGGAUAUUAUGAAGCUGACAAACCUCCGUCUCCUACUUUUGAAACGUCAGGAGUGUCCAUGCCAGAAGUCAAGGUUGCAUGGCAAGCCCCAGCAGUUUGCCCAUUAUGCCAUUUAUGAUCUCAUCAUCAGAGGAAGUUGUUUUUGCAAUGGCCAUGCAGAAGACUGUCAACCUUUCAGUGGGACUGGUGAGGAGGAGAAGAGUAAUGAAAGCACCGUGAUGUAUGGGAAGUGUGUGUGCCAACACAACACAGAAGGUGAUCACUGUGAAAAGUGUGCACCACUGUAUAAUGAUCAGCCUUGGAGACCAGGAGAUGGAAAAACUGGAGCCCCAAAUAAGUGUAAAAAGUGCCAGUGCCAUGAUCAUUCAGACAGAUGCCACUUUGAAGAGAGUGUCUGGUUAGCCACUGGAAAGCAGAGUGGUGGAGUAUGUGACACUUGCAAACAUUAUACAGAAGGACGACGAUGUCAGAGGUGCAAGCCAGGAUUUUAUCAUGCUGUGGGCGAACCCCUUUCAUCACCACAGAUCUGCAAAUCAUGUCCUUGUCAUCCUCUGGGAUCAAAAAAUGGAACCUUCAACAAAUACUUGAUAUGUAAUCCCAGGACUGGCUACUGCUAUUGCAAACAAGGUGUUACAGGACAGAGCUGUGACCACUGCAAGAGGGGAUACUGGGGUUUUGGAGAAAAUGGAUGUCAGCCAUGUGACUGUGCAGGAGACUGUGACCAGCAGACUGGACAAUGUUUGAAUAGUUAUGAACCCCAAGAACAGUUCUUCAAUAUUCCAGUAGGAGGCAGAAUUCCUGACCUCAUCCACAUCACAAUAAAUGAGAGUAAAGAUGACUGGAGCUGGGAAGAUGAGCAAGGUUUCUCUGCACUAAGACACCCUGAGAAGUGCGUGUGUAAGGAAAAAAUGCUGGAGGAUGCUACUGAUUUCUGCAAAAUGAAGUAUGCUUAUGUAAUAAAAGCAAGAAUCCUGUCUGCUCAUGACAAAGGAACUCAUGCAGAAGUCAUUGCUAAAGUGAAAAAAAUUUUAAAGAAAGGAAAAUUAAAAAUUACACAAGGUACUACAACCAUCUAUCCAGAAUCCUGGACAAACAGGGGGUGUACAUGUCCAGUCCUAAACCCUGGCACAGAUUACCUGAUAGCAGGUCAUGAAGAUUUAAGAAACAGAAAACUUCUGGUACGAACAAACAGUUUGGUAAAGCCAUGGAAAACAACUUUAGGAAAACAAAUAUCUGAACUGUUUCAAACAAGAUGCAAGUAACCUUCAGCUGGGCCACACCAGACAGGAGCUGUUGGAUAAAAGUGCUAAACCUCAUGCAAAAGAAAAGACCACAUGAACAAUGCAAAUGUUUAAAAGGAGAGACGCUCCAAAGAUAGUUGUCUUGGACACAUUUGUGUUAAUCAGAACUGAGAAAAGGGACACAACAAUGACCUAUGCUUGAGUCUGGUCUACUGAAUACUACUGCUUUGACCCACAUCUGGCACAGAAAAGUUGUUAAUUCAAGAAGAGAAAAACCUUCCUUACAUCCAUAUGGAGUUAGCUAUUUAUUUUGUAAGCAUAUUUGACGCUGCUAGACUUUGCCUGAAUGGAAUGACAAGACCUUCUGUUCAAUUUGUAGAAAUUGUUUCUGUGUAGAAAUGUCACUCAUCCCAGAGUUUCUGUGUAUCAUAUUCCUUGGGCAGCAUCUGUCAGGAAAAUCCUAAGUUUGUAAAUGAAGUUGAAUGUAUUCACAACCUGACAGAAGGACAUUGUUUUAUAUCUUCUUAUGCUUCCAAACUUGAUAUAAUGUUGUGUUUAUACAGUUGAUAAAAUGAUAACAGUGAGCACCAGUGGCUUAACAGGUAACAUGCUUGUUUUUGGUGCUAUGAAUCUUGUUCACUUAUAUUCAUUUGGAAUAGGAACUGAAACUGGAAACUGCAGUCAGAAGUAGGAUAACUUUUCAUCUCUUUCAUUGGUUUAGUACAGUUUGAGAGCUACAUCUAUCUAUCCAUACACGCACACACACACACACACACACACACACACACACACACACACACACACACACACACAUACAUACAUACACACACACACACACACAUACACACACACACACAAACACACACAUGUGCCCGCGACCACACUGCUCAAGCUAUAUAAAAAGUUAAUUAAUGUUCACCUAAUUCUGUUUCUGAGUCAAUUCUACUACUUCCAUUUUUUGCACAUGUUAUGCUCUUCAUAUGGGAAUAUUGGAACAGCAUACACUUAAAAUUAAAGCAGUCUUUCAAGUUUAUUUGCCCUUUUCUAUCAGAGUAUGGUUCAGAAUUCACAAACUGCAGUUCACACUGGUAGUAAAACUAAACAGCACUGGUACAACUGGUGAAUACCACAAUUAGUAAGAACAUGUAUUAAUCUUUAAACAAAAAUUAUUGAAACAUUUACAUUUUUAUGUAGCAAAAUUCAUAAAAAUAAUAACCUAUAAAUAACAUGAAAUUAGAUAAAUGAGAGCAUAACAAUUCCAAGAUGAUUUAUAGCCGUACAACCACAUAAAUCCGUAAAUAAGUACAGAUACUAAAAUAAAAAUCUUAAGAGUCUUUCUUUAAUCUGGUUGUCUUUCAUUUUGAACUUUUAUUGUCGUAAAUAUGUAUUUAUUUUAUCUAUUUAUUGACUUGGUAAACCCACUGGACACAAUUGUCUCUUUUCAGUGGUGAGUUGAGAGCACUGUCUGAUCAAACAACUUGAUUAGAACCACACUGUGGACAACUGAAGGUGGAACAAAUCGAGCCCUCUCCCCUUGGCACAGCAAGCAGCUCAUUAAGAUUUUAGAGCUUUAGUAUUCUGCACUAUCUGCCAGGGACAUAAUCCUCAACUGCACCAAAAUAAAGACAUAAAAAAAAUAGGUAAAUGAAGCCACAUUUCAUUUAUUUACAUUUUUGACAAAUAGCCCCUAGUACAUCAGUAUGGAGAAAAAGCUUAUGGGAAGUAGGAUCCCCUGGUCAUAUACUUGUAGUGAAGCGCAUGUAUAUUUGCAGUAUCAUAUUAAGUGCUUGCAUGGGUGGAUGUAGGGAUUACAUCUCUGGUUUGUAUAAGAACUACCUUGAUCCAGGUGGGUUUUUCUACAUAGCAUUAUAAACUUAAAGUAACUGAUGAUCUUAGUGAAAAUGACAGAAUGAGUGUGCAAGAGAGAGCAGUAGGAAUAUAUCCUUAAGCUCAAGUGCCUACAUAUAACACCAGUCAAUUAUAACUUAAGACAUUUUAGACUUGCAUACUGUACUUUCCAUCAUACCCAUAAAUAAUGCUAGUGCAGGAUAGGAGAGAAUAUAAAGUUGUCAAGUUCUUCUUCAUGUGACAUUCUCUAUCAAGGUCACUUAUGGCCAUUUCUGAUUUUUUAUAGUAGAGAUAGAACAUAAAGAUGCUAUAGCAUGAAAUAAAUAAUACAGAUGUGUUUUGAUGUCUUGAACAACAUGAAAGAACUCAGUGUACCCUAUUCCUCAUAACAGAGCUUAAAACAUAUUGCAACAGUCAAUUUGUUUUUCUGGUCACCAAUUACAGAGAAACAAUAUAUCACUGAGGCAGUGUAAAGAGAGUAGUCCAUGAGUUCCCAGUAACAAUAAUGCUAUGUUUCUUCUGAAAUAUUCUUCUGAAAUGUUUGUAAGCUCAUUGUUUACCUCAUUGAUACCUGUAUUUUAUUUUAUUUUUGUAUUUAUUUAUUGAGUUUGUUAACCAGGUAGAUGGGGUGGUCCAAGCACCCUUGCCUUUUCAGCCGUGGCCCAAGCCAAUGAGGCAAAUACAGUGCAUCCAGAAAGAUAUAAACAGUACACAAGAAGUAAGAUAUAACUGUGUUAAACAUAAACUAUAAAGAAUGGUAAUAAAGAGAGGAUAAGAACUAUAUCACAUAUAUGGAGAUUUUAAAAUAUAUAUAACAUCAAGCAUAUUGAUGCAUAAACAGAAGAAUAUAUUUCAUGAGGAAUAUUUGCAUUAAACUCAAAAAGGUUUUUUUUUUGAAAAUGUCCAUAUAUUUAGGGAAAAAAAGAAAAUAAAAAGCUAUUAAUUUCCAUGAAACAAGCUUCAAAGUACAUUGGCACUCCACAGUUUUCCAUACCAUGAUCAGAUACCAAAGCAUGAGUUCACUUUUCUUGUCAGUGUUUGGUAAUACUUUUUUUUGUAUUGUGUAUAUGUAUGUGCUUUCUGUCAAUACUAAUUUGUUGCUCUUGUGAUAAGUAGUUGUAUAAAUGUAGUUAUAUUUUAUGUUGUGACAACCCAUUGAUGGCAGAAAUAAUAGUGCAGCAAAGUUUUGAAUAUCAUUGGUCUGGAUAGAUAACACAGCACA